UUACUUUCAUAAUAUAAUUAUUUUAUAAUUUUUACUUACGGAUAAUUAAACAUAUUAAUCGUCAAAGUUACACCUUAACAAAUGUACCAGUAAAACUGAUGCAUUUUAAAAAAAUAAAACAAAAAGAGUAUUCUAAUACUUCAUUUAUAAAAUAACUACAGAGUAUACAAUUACACCCCCACGAACCACUCCAAUAAAGUAAUGACGAUCGAAACCGUCCUAGUACUACUAAUAAAUAAACUUGUCCCCAUCCAUUCGAAAAUCAAAUUGCUUACUUACAAACAUAGCAAGGAAUAAAUAACGUUAGCUUCACUACAAACACAAAUAGAAAAGAGUAUUUUCAACGACGAUUAUUCCCCACUAUAUUUUUCAAUUGAAAACAACAGAGUACUAAAAUACUAUUUUUAACAUAAAAAUCAAAGGAAACUUCCGAUUACACUAACAUCCAAUUUUCCCAACACUUGUGUACUUGUUUCUACUGGUUUCUUUUUUUCAACACCUCCCGCCCGCCACCUCCACUUUACUUCUGCAUUUUAUUUUAAUUUUUGUUAUCUCUCUCACUAAAUUCUCUCUCCUACUCCGAUGUUUUUCCGGUGACGUUAUCGUUGAAAUUAGGGUUUUCUCUCUCCGAUUAUGGCGGAAUCACGGCGGCAGUUGAAGGCGAUGCUUCGCAAAAACUGGCUCCUUAAAAUUCGCCAUCCUUACGCUACUUUUGCUGAGAUAUUUCUUCCUACAGUUGUGAUGCUGAUGUUGAUUGCUGUUCGAACUCAAGUUGACACACGCAUACACCCUGCCCAACCGAAUAUUUGGAAAGAUAUGCUGUUGGAGGUUGGUAAAGGCGAUAUAUCUCGUCCCUUUGACCAAAUUCUGGCGUUCUUAGCUGAAAAGAAUGAGUAUUUAGCUUUUACUCCCAAUUCAAGCGAGACAAGAACAAUGAUUAACUUGCUGUCAUUGCGGUUCCCCUUGCUGAAGUUAGUUGCUAGAGUCUACACGGACGAAUUGGAAUUUGAAACCUACAUUCGCUCAGAUUUGUAUGGUACCUGCAAUCAAGAGAAGAAUUGUCCAUAUCCUAAAAUCAGAGGGGCAGUGGUAUUUCACAGUCAAAGUCCUAAGUUAUAUGACUACAGUAUUCGCCUUAACCACACAUGGGCUUUCUCCGGGUUUCCUGAUGUCAAAUCCAUCAUGGAUGUUGAUGGUCCUUAUCUUAAUGACUUGGAACUGGGUGUGAACACCAUUCCAAUUUUGCAGUAUGGAUUUAGUGGUUUCUUGACUCUUCAACAAGUUCUCGAUUCCUUCAUAAUAUUUGCUGCUCAGGAAUCUGAUAUUAGCAACAUUUCUGAUGGCUCUGAAGCCCCUGUGUUCAAUUCCUUUGACAUACAAUCCUCGCUGAAGUUUCCUUCAAUGCAGUUCAUUCCUUCAAACAUACGGCUGGUUCCUUUUCCAACUCGUGAUUACACUGAUGAUGAGUUCCAAUUUAUUAUUAAGAAAGUUAUGGGAGUAUUGUACCUGCUGGGUUUUCUUUACCCCAUAUCUCGCCUGAUAAGUUAUUCUGUUUUUGAAAAGGAGCAAAAAAUCAAGGAUGGGCUAUACAUGAUGGGUCUUAAAAGUGACAUUUUUCAAAUCUCAUGGUUUAUAACUUACGCUCUACAGUUUGCAGUAUCUUCCGGGAUCAUUACCACUUUCACUAUGUGCUCCCUGUUUGAGUACAGUGAUAAGUCGUUGGUGUUUGUAUACUUCUUUUUCUUCGGCCUUAGCGCUAUAACACUUUCUUUCUUAAUUUCUACAUUUUUCACAAGAGCUAAAACAGCUGUGGCAGUUGGGACACUUGCAUUUUUAGGAGCCUUCUUUCCUUAUUAUACUGUCAAUGAUCCAGGUGUACCAAUGGUAUUGAAGGCUGCUGCAUCGUUGCUGUCUCCUACAGCCUUUGCGUUGGGAUCCAUAAACUUUGCAGAUUAUGAGAGAGCACAUGUUGGAUUGCGUUGGAGCAAUAUAUGGCGUGAAUCAUCUGGGGUUAAUUUUCUGGUCUGUCUGAGCAUGAUGUUGUUUGAUGCACUGCUAUAUGGUGUGAUUGGUAUUUACUUGGAUAAGGUAUUACCAAAAGAGGAUCAUGCCAAAUUUUCAUGGAAGCUUAUUUUGCCUAAAUGCCUCAGGAGAAAUAAAGAUAAAAUUAAGCCUUAUUUUUUUGAAUCUGGAUUGAAAGUCGAGGGUACUAGCUUGGAAAUGAAACAGCAAGAAGUUGAAGGCCGGUGCCUCCAAAUAAGGAAUCUUAAUAAAGUAUAUGCUUCCAAAAAAGGGAAUUGCUGUGCUGUGAACUCAUUGCAGCUGACUUUGUAUGAAAAUCAGAUUCUUGCUCUUCUAGGACACAAUGGGGCUGGUAAGAGCACAACCAUAUCUAUGCUUGUUGGACUUAUUCCUCCAACUUCCGGGGAUGCUUUGGUUUUUGGAAAAAAUAUUUUGACAGAUAUGAAUGACAUACACAAGGACUUGGGAGUAUGCCCUCAAAGUGAUAUUCUUUUUCCUGAACUCAGUGUGAAAGAGCAUUUGGAAUUGUUUGGCGUGCUGAAAGGUGUGAAGGAAGAUGUUCUAGAAAGGGUUGUGACAGAUAUGAUUGAUGAGGUUGGUCUCUCUGACAAAGCUAACACCCUCGUAAGAUGUUUAUCUGGUGGUAUGAAACGGAAACUUUCUCUGGGAAUUGCUCUUAUAGGAGACAGUAAGGUUAUUAUUCUGGAUGAACCCACUAGUGGGAUGGAUCCUUAUUCAAUGCGCUUGACAUGGCAGCUAAUAAAGAAGAUUAAGAAAGGAAGAAUAGUAUUAUUGACGACACAUUCAAUGGAUGAGGCUGAAGCAUUAGGAGAUCGUAUAGCUAUCAUGGCAAAUGGCUCUUUGAAAUGUUGUGGAAGUUCCCUUUUCUUGAAGCAUCAAUAUGGAGUUGGUUAUACCCUUACUUUAGUGAAGACUGCGCCCGGCGCCACUUUUGCUGCAGAUAUUGUUCAUCGUCAUAUACCUGCAGCCACUGUAGUGAGUGAGGUGGGUACAGAGAUUUCAUUUAAGCUCCCUUUGACAUCAUCAUCUUGUUUUGAAGAAAUGUUCAAGGAGCUUGAAAGUUGUAUGAAAAGGUCAACAUCAAACUAUGAAGCUGGUGCAUCUGAGGAUGAAUGUGUUGGUAUUGAAAGUUAUGGCAUAUCUGUGACAACAUUGGAAGAGGUAUUUCUGAGAGUGGCUGGGUCUGACCUUGAAGAAUUAGAGUCUGUAGAGCAGAAAUCAACUCCCCAUGAUUCUCUGGUUACUUCAGCCUCAGAAUAUCAAACGCCUAAAAAAUGCUUCUUUGCUAAGAUUUGUGGAAGUUACAUGGACUUUAUGAUGGUCAUGUGUCUUAUCGUAGGGAGGACCGUGAGAGUGUUCUUUGCUGCAAUCUGGUGUUUCAUUAAUUUUCUAUUAAUGCAAUUUUGUUGUACUUCUGUAAUUUCGAGGUCAGACUUUUGGCAACACUCAAAGGCAUUAAUUAAAAAGAGAGCAGUAUCUGCUAGGAGAGAUCAGAAAACAAUUGUGUUUCAGCUUCUAAUUCCAGCUGUCUUCCUAUUUUUUGGACUUCUUUUUCUUAAACUGAAGCCUCAUCCUGACCAAAAUUCUGUAACUUUUACAACUUCUAACUUUAAUCCUCUGUUGAGUGGUGGUGGUGGUGCUCCAAUUCCAUUUGAUCUAGCCUAUCCUAUCUCAGAAGAGAUUGCAUCAUGGAUAGAUGGUGGCUGGAUUCAGGAGUUUAAACCAAGUACAUACAGAUUUCCUGAUCCAGAAAAGGCACUAUCAGAUGCCAUCGAGGCUGCUGGGCCAAGUUUGGGACCACGCUUACUUUCUAUGAGUGAAUUUUUGAUGUCUAGCUUAAAUGAAUCCUAUCAGUCAAGAUAUGGAGCUGUUGUAAUGGAUAAGCCAAAUGAUGAUGGAAGUCUAAGUUAUACAGUGCUACACAACAGUACUUGCCAGCAUGCUGCUCCAACUUAUAUUAAUUUGAUGAAUUCAGCAAUCCUCAGGUUUGCUGUUUCUGAUAGAAACAUGACAAUCCAAACACGUAAUCAUCCUCUACCAAUGACAAAAAGCCAACACCUGCAGCACCAUGACUUGGAUGCAUUCUCAGCUGCAAUUAUUGUCACCAUAGCUUUCUCUUUUAUUCCUGCUUCAUUUGCUGUUCCUAUAGUAAAGGAACGUGAAGUAAAAGCUAAGCAUCAGCAGUUACUGAGUGGGGUAUCUGUACUGUCGUAUUGGGCUUCCACCUAUUUAUGGGACUUUGUCAGCUUCCUUUUACCGACGUCUUUUGCAGUUGUUCUUUUCUACAUCUUUGGAUUGGAUCAGUUUGUGGGAACAGGCGGUUUUUUCCCAACAGUUGUUAUCUUUCUGGAGUACGGUCUAGCAGUUGCAUCUUCAACAUAUUGCUUGACUUUUUUUUUCUCUGACCAUAGUGUGGCACAGAAUGUUGUUCUACUGGUCCACUUUUUUACCGGACUUAUUCUUAUGGUCAUCUCCUUUGUAAUGGGGGUCAUGGAAACAACUGCUACAGUAAAUUCUCAUCUUAAGAACAUAUUUAGACUAGCACCUGGAUUCUGCUUUGCAGAUGGACUUGCAUCAUUAGCCCUUCUACGCCAAGGGAUGAAAGAUAAAUCCAGUCAUGGGGUUCUUGACUGGAAUGUUACUGGUGCCUCUAUUUGCUAUUUAGGUUUUGAGAGCAUCUUCUUUUUUCUAUUAACGCUUGGACUUGAAGCUCUACCUCUUCGCAAAAUAACACCCAUUACAAUUAAUUUGUGCUGGAGUAGAAUUAAGAGUUUGUGCUGUGUGAACAGUCCGAGCACCAACAAUAUAUUAGAACCUCUAUUGGGUUCAUCUUCUGAUGCUGUGACUCUUGACCUUGAUGAGGAUAUUGAUGUAAAAGCAGAAAGAAAUAGGGUGGUUUCUGGUGCUGCUGAUAGAGCUAUUAUAUACUUGCGUAACCUGUGCAAGGUUUACCCAGGUGGAAAAGUUCAAAGCCCAAAAGUCGCAGUUCAUUCAUUAACUUUUGCUGUCCAUGAAGGAGAAUGUUUUGGCUUUCUGGGGACAAAUGGAGCGGGAAAGACGACCACAUUGUCAAUGUUAUCUGGCGAAGAAUUCCCUUCAGAGGGAACUGCUUUUAUAUUUGGAAAAGAUAUACGCUCGGAUCCCAAGGCUGCUCGUCAGCAUAUAGGUUACUGCCCCCAGUUUGAUGCUUUGUUAGAACAUUUGACCGUUUGGGAACAUCUUGAACUGUAUGCAAGGAUUAAAAGAGUAUCAGACGAUCGGAUUGAAGAGGUAGUUAUGGAGAAAAUAGUUGAAUUUGACUUGUUGAAGCACGCCAAUAAACCCUCUUUUUCCCUUAGUGGGGGUAACAAGCGCAAGUUAUCUGUGGCAAUUGCAAUGAUUGGAGAUCCUUCCAUAGUCAUACUUGAUGAGCCAUCUACAGGCAUGGAUCCUAUAGCUAAAAGAUUCAUGUGGGAUGUUAUUUCCCACCUAUCUACAAGACGAGGGAAAACAGCAGUUAUACUCACUACACACAGCAUGAAUGAAGCCCAGGCACUGUGCACCAGGAUGGGAAUAAUGGUUGGGGGACGUUUAAGAUGUAUUGGAAGUCCACAGCAUUUGAAGACACGAUUUGGAAAUCAUCUUGAGCUGGAGAUAAAACCAACGGAAGUAAAGUCUGAGCAACUGGAAGCUCUAUCGUUGAUGAUUCAAGAGAAGCUUGCUGAAGUUCCAUCUCAUCCUAAAAGCUUACUAGGAGACUUGGAGACUUGCAUUGGGACUGCUGAUGAUAUCACAGCUGACAGUAUACCGGUAGCUGAAAUCAGCUUGUCAAGAGACUUGAUAGUGAUGAUAGCUCGAUGUCUUGGCAAUGAAGAACGAGUAGGUACUCUAAUAAAUUCAAGUAUGGCAUCUGAUAAGAUGUUAAGUGAACAGUUAUCAGAUCAACUGAUCCGUGAUGGUGGCAUCCCGUUACCGGUUUUCACUGAAUGGUGGUUGACAAAGGACAAGUUCAGUGUAAUAGAGUCCUUUAUUCUAUCAUCAUUUCCUGGUUCUACUUUUCAGGGGUGCAAUGGAUUGAGUGCUAGAUACCAGUUACCAUUUGGCGAGGAUCUGUCAUUGGCAGAUGCUUUUGGUCACAUCGAACGGAACAGGACUCAAGUUGGUAUAGCAGAAUAUAGCAUCAGUCAAUCCACUUUGGAGACCAUUUUUAAUCACUUUGCUGCUAACUCGUGAUGAUAUAUGCUAACUUGAAUACUAGGAGGCUUCUGUAUCUUGUUGAGGCAAACUUAAGGUUAGUGUCACUGACGUGCCUGCAAUAGGUAGAGACCACAAUAGUUUGUUCAUAUUAACCUCAUAAUUAUACAGUGAUUGAGCACAAAUUUUGAUUUUGUUUUAUCUUGUAUAACCAACAUAUUGAGUGAAUAUUUAUGUAUAUUAUUAACAAGUUAAAUGUGAAUCAAUCUAAUUGAAAUUA